AUGCCGACUAUGUAUGUGUACGAAUACGGUUCUGUAAUGAUGCCGAAAUCGUUUUUAAUGAACACAAUCAUGUCAGCUCAUUUGGGAUUGUGUUUGUUUAUAACUCUUUAUGCACAGAGCUUGGCCCUUCUCGAGUAUCACUUUUUCUAUCGAUAUCUCGCGAUAUGCAAGACUCUGAUUCUUUGUAUAUCUUUCAAUCAUGCAAGUACAUCACACUCACAGGCUUUGGUGGAUCACUUCCGGGAACCACUGAGGCAAAUUUAUGGCUUUGAUGUAAACAAAACAGCCAUUGCUGGCCCCUUCAUUUGGGAUAAUUUCUUUCUGCACUUGGCAAAUUCGAAAGACACCACAGCGAUGAGCGAAAAGUCGAUUAAGCUGCAAUACGAGCUUCUCAGAGCGCUGCUAGUUCAGACUCUUAUCCCCGGGAUUUUUGAGUACAUCCCUGGAGCCAUUGCCUGGGCCUCAGUGAUGCCGACAAUGCACGCCUACGGAUACGGCUAUGCUCUGAUGCCUACAUCAUUCUUGAUGAACACCAUCAUACCAGCGCAUUUGGGAUUGUGCAUAUAUGGAGCACUCUUCUCACAGGACCACUUCCGGGAACCACUUUGGGAAAUCUAUGGCUUUGAUGUGAACAAGACGGCAAUUGUCGGGCCAUUGUACAAGAGCACUAUUGGUUCAGACUAUUGUUCCGGGGAUUUU